GAAAAGUUGGUUAGACGCGUGCGUGACGCUUUCAUUCCCUCAAGCAACUCCAAGCUGCCACAGGCUGUUUUGGAAAGAGGCGGAGCUCACUUCUGAAAGUCGACACACAACUUCUGAACCCAUUUCUCCAGUCACAAUGACCAGUCUUGCUAUUACCCGCGAUAUUGUUGCGUCUAGGACUCCUGACACAUCAAGUUCGCGAGAACGACACGAAACGCACCCUCAGCCCAUGGCGCGACAACCCUCUCCGUAUCCAGCAGAAGAGAAAGUUUUCUACAAAUGACCAGAUGGAGCGUAUCACGAAUGGCACCGAAGCUCAGUCCUGAGGAUCAGCAAAAACUCGAUAAGUGUGACACCGAACUCUCCAUUACCAGCAGGAGAGAAAGUGUUCUACAAAGGGCCAGAUGGAGCGCAUCACGAAUGGCACAAAAGCUCAGUCCUGAGAAUCAACAAAAACUCGAUCAGCGUGACGCCGGCCCGAAAAUGAACCGAUUCGAUGCGAGACAUGGCAGAAGUUCCGACGAUGUUGCUGGAAAGAUGUCAGGGAGAACAUGGCGUUCUGUAUCCUUCAACAGGAGGCAGCUUUUUCGGUGGUUGGAGGUUAUCCCCAUGUAUGGGCCGUUCCUCCGCGCAGCCAGCCAGGUUUUGAUAGAUGAUACAGACGUUGUAACUGAGCCGAUAAUUACAGAAUUGACGCUUCGGUGACCGAGGCGGUAUGCAUAAUUCCCC